UUCCAGUUUCCAGUUUCCACCCUCCAAAAAACUCUCUCGGUCUCUCCACAUAUUCCAUGUCCGCCCUUCCUGUUUGGAGGAGGAGAGAGAAAACAGCUCAGAACAUCCCCAACAGAGACGUAACACAUUUUUUCUCCCUUUCUCUCUCCUAAACCUGCAAAUCCCCAUCCCCAAAUUUCAAAUCUGGUCGACCAUUCUUUUUAGCUGUACGCUAGACGGAAGACGCCAGGAUGGUUGUCCAGGGAUUCACAGUGGAUUUAAAGAAACCACUUGUCUUUCAGGUUGGUCACCUUGGCGAAUCUUAUGAGGAAUGGGUCCAUCAGCCCAUAGUUAGUAAGGAAGGCCCCCGUUUCUUUGAAAGUGACUUUUGGGAGUUCCUAACCCUCACCGUGUGGUGGGCCAUUCCAACUAUUUGGCUUCCAGUUGUGUGCUGGUGCAUCUCCAUGUCUGUACGGAUGGGUCACACUAUUCCGGAGAUAGUGCUGAUGGUGAUUUUUGGUAUUUUUGUGUGGACAUUUGUUGAGUACACUUUACAUCGUUUCCUCUUCCACAUCAAAACAAAAAGUUAUUGGGGCAACACUAUCCAUUAUCUUAUUCAUGGCUGUCAUCACAAGCACCCUAUGGAUGGCCUGCGUCUUGUUUUCCCUCCUGCUGCGACAGCUGUCUUGUGUUUUCCGUUCUGGAAUUUGGUUAGGAUUUUUGCAACACAGUCCACUACUCCCGCUCUUUUUGGAGGCGGCCUAUUGGGAUAUGUGAUGUAUGACGUGACACACUACUAUCUGCAUCAUGGACAGCCAGCCAGUGACGUACCAAAGAAUCUGAAGAGGUAUCACUUGAAUCAUCACUUCCGUAUCCAGAACAAGGGCUUUGGCAUUACUUCAUCACUGUGGGACAAGAUUCUUGGAACACUACCCCCUCAAAAAACAACUCAAGAUUGUAAAUAAACUUGAUUGUCCGUACAGUUGUUCUUCUUCAUCUUGCAGGCCCUCGAUUCUAGUUUGUCCUAGGUUUAACAUUUUCUGGACAGCCAGGAAAAAGUUUUGAUGUGGUGUGUUCAUGUUUGUAUAAACAAGUUAGGACUGAGGUGUCUUUAUUAUCAUUAUUUAUUUAUUGAAACCCAAAAAAAGCAAUUAACAGAUUUAUGUUCCUGUAA